GCGACGAGUCUUUGUCCGUUCUUGUUUUUUGCUUGAGGGACAGAUGCCUUUUGGACAGAUUGUCGUCGGGCCACCGGGGUCUGGAAAGACCACGUAUUGUCACGGCAUGUCUCAAUUCUAUGCUGCAACGAAUAGGGACGUUGCCAUUGUCAACUUGGAUCCUGCAAAUGAGGGAAUGCCAUAUACCCCAGAUAUCAACAUAUCGGAGCUGAUCACGUUGGAGGAUGCCAUGAAGGAAUUUGGGUUGGGACCAAACGGAGGCUUGAUAUAUUGCAUGGAAUACCUGGAAAAGAAUAUGGACUGGUUGGAGAAACGGUUGGAGGAUGUCAAAGAAAAGUACAUCCUCUUUGACUGCCCGGGGCAAGUAGAGCUCUUUACACAUCAUAACUCGGUCAAAAACAUUGUGGAUCGUCUCCAAAAGCUCGAUUACCGGCUGUGUUGCACGCACCUUGUGGACGCGCAUUAUUGCGUAGAUCCUUCCAAAUAUGUUGCCUUAUUGCUCUUAUCCUUGAAGACAAUGAUACAGUUAGAGUUACCUCACGUCAAUGUGCUGUCCAAGGUGGAUCUCAUUGAAUCGUACGGGACGCUGGCUUUCAAUCUCGACUUUUAUACUGAAGUUCAAGACUUGUCGUAUCUAUUGCAACAACUGAAUGAAGACGCGUUUGGAAAAAAGUACGUGAAGCUAAACGAAGCUUUAUGCGAGCUUGUGAAAGAGUUUAGUCUGGUUGGUUUCUACACUCUGUCUAUCGAAGACACGAAGAGUGUCCUGAGACUCGCCCGAAUCAUUGAUAAAGCAAACGGAUAUGUUUAUGGAGGACUGGACCCGGAACUCGAGCCCUCGUUGACAACUGACCCUGCAGGUUUCACGUAGCAGCCUUGCAAUGUAGCGAAGUAUUUUGAGACCUAACCCGACUGAGCAACUGUAAAUAUGUCAUUCUAGCAUUUGUAUAUAAAGGUUAGCUAGUACGAAGGAUGGGCGUUCCGCCAAUUGUUGAUGCAUGAGCUGUCAAAAAUCAUGGCUCGAGAGAAGCCUACUCCAAAAGCUUUAUUGGAUUGAACUGGCUAAAAUAUCAAGC